UGUAUAUACUGUAAGGCAAAGCAACCAAAACGGGUUAAUUUCAGGAAUGGUUUCAGCAACUUCUGCAGCUUCACAAAUUUAGAUAGUGAUAGAAGUGGACCUCAGGCUCAGGAAAACAUAGGAAUGCUGACUGAGGGGCUGUGGGCAUACAUGCAUUAUUAUGUGGGCAUUCAGUCUCAUCAACUACUGUGAAAUCCCACAUUUUAAAAACUAUUAAGCAAUUUCUUGCUCUCUAAAUUGUCAUAGUACCAUUCUUAAAUGAAAAUACUCCCUUUCUUUGUUCAACUGGUUUUAAAAAACUAAAAUUACCUCCAACGACCAAAGAAACAAAUACAGGUUUAUUGGGUUAUUGCCCUGUAUUCUUGUGUAAUCCUUACUUCCUGUAUUUGCACUGACUUGCUUUCCAUUCUGCUACCUGGCAUACCCAGUAGGAAAAACAGGCUGUGUACUUUAAGUCUGUAAUGCAUCUGGUGCAUUCAGUAGGAAGAGAGCCUGAAGGGGAUGGGCCAGAAACAAAGGAACCAUUACUGGGACUACUUGGCUUAGUGUGGUAGCCAAAUGUUUUUUAUCAGUGGUUCCCGGUGAAAAGUAAUGCAUUUGAGUUCUUUUCUAACCAACUGGCUUAACAGUUUGUUUUGGGAAAGUUCGUUGACAGGCACAGACAAUUACUCAUCUGAGCAAUAGGAAAAGGGAUUGGGUAAUUGUCAAGAACAUUCACUGCAAUCAGUAAGCAAAAAGAAUGUUAAAACGCAAAAAAAUAUAGAGUAGCAUGGAUGUUAGCUGUUUAUUGUCAAUUGCAAUUCCUUUUAAUUUCCAGCAGAUUAAAAGAACACAAGCGAAUGUCCUUUAAAAAACAACAGGGAGGAACCAAUCCCAUCUGGCAAUAAUGAGGUAUUUUUACCUCUGUAAGCUUCCAGGAAGAGUUAUGGGAAUCCGCCUACUACGCUUUACUUCUGUGGUGAUCAUCAUCUUACUUCUUGUGGCAGGAGCUUUAACAGCUUUGCUCCCCAGUAUCAAAGAUGACAAAAUACUUAAUUUUAAAAGGGAAUCAAAAACCCAGAGUCAGCCUGCAGAAGAUUCAUUUACUCUUAUCAUGCAGACAUAUAACAGAACUGACUUACUACUAAAGCUUUUAAAUCAUUACCAAGCCAUCCCCCAUUUACAUAAAGUAAUUGUUGUGUGGAACAACAUUGGAGAGAAGAUGCCAGAAAAGAUGUGGAAUUCCUUAGGCCCUCAUCCUGUUCCUGUUAUUUUUAAAGCUCAAUCCGUAAAUCGCAUGAGGAACAGACUCCAGAACUUUCCUGAGCUGGAAACAAAAGCUGUUUUAAUGAUGGAUGAUGAUACACUUGUCAGUGCUCAUGACCUUACUUUUGCCUUUUCUGUUUGGCAGCAAUUUCCAGAACAUAUAGUGGGAUUCAUUCCUAGAAAGCACAUUUCUACUCCUUCAGGUGUAUACAGUUAUGGCAGCUUUGAACUGCAGAACCCAACAUUUGGAAAUGGAGAUCAAUAUUCUAUGGUUCUUAUUGGUGCAGCGUUUUUUCACUGUAAGUAUUUAGAAGACUUUCAAAGACAACCAGAAGCUGUUUACGCUUUAAUAGAUGAAACUCAAAAUUGUGAUGAUAUUGCCAUGAAUUUUCUGGUAGCAAAGAAUACUGGAAAGCCUUCAGGAGUGUUUGUGAAGCCCGUUGAUAUAAGAAAUUUAGAGAAAGACACUAACAGUGGCUAUUCUGGGAUGUGGCACCGAGCAGAGCAUUUGUUACAGAGAUCUUACUGUGUAAAUAAAUUGGUUAAUAUUUAUGAUGGCAUGCCUUUAAAAUAUUCUAAUAUAAUGAUUUCCCAGUUUGGGUUUCCUAAUUAUGCCAAUCACAAAAGUAAAGUAUAAACCAAUGAUUUAAGGGGUUAGAUGAUGAUACUCAGUGAGCUGUACCAAGUACAAGGAAAGAAAGUGUGAUUACUGCAUCUUGGCUCUCCUUACUUGCAGCCUCUGAGUUUCUUUCAUGUGGCAUUUUAUGUUGUUCCCCCCUCCCACUCUUUCUUACCAAUCACCAAGGUAAAUUUUCAGAAUUUUAAAAAUAUAUAUAUAUAUAUAUAUAUAUCUUAGUGGUUAGUCAUAAUAAAAUCUUCUUCUUCCCACAACCUGAGAAGUGUUUACAACUAGGCCACUUCUUCAGAAACACGCAGCCAAAAAUGUACCCAAAAAUGUUCAGUGAUCAUAAUCUGACUUUUUUAUUUUUACUGUGUACCUAGCUAAGUAAACUUAGUUUUGUUUUGUGUGGAGAUGCUUCCUUCCCCUGCUUCCCUUCUCCUUCUCCACACAUUUCCUACUGAAACUGUAAAAGGGCUACAACAAACAGGCUAGGCUCCUAGAUUGCUGUACAAAACUCCUUUACAUCUGAAUGUUCCUGAAGCUGCUGUGAAGGCAAACCACAAGAAUACCCAAUCAAAGCAGAUCUCAGUCCUAAAACCAUUGCAUACAAUAUCCACUACUGCUGAGGCAGUGAAGAAGGAUCUCUUUGCUAGAGCUUUAUUCUUAUUAAUAAUUCUCCUAGAGUUGCUGAAACAUUGUAAACAGUUGAAAGGUAAAACUUAGCAAUUGGAAAUGAAAGAAACACUUGAAUACAUAAAAUAUGAAAAUUAUAUAUGCAGUCAAGUCCAUGAGAUUGUUUAUCAAUACUAUCUUUAGUAUUUAGUUCGCUUUUGGUAUAUUGUGUGUAUUUUGUUUAAAAAAAAAAAAAAAUAUGCCCAAGUAAAUCUUCUAAAAUGUUUUCUGUACAAUUGCUAAUGAAAGCAUGCUGCUCUACAUUUUUUCUAGUUUGUACAUUUUGUAAUAUUACAGGUCUACUUUUUUUUAAAACCAAUCUUUCACAUGAAAGAUUACUUCUUGCUUUCUUUUAUCUCUGUUUUGGCAGCUAUGACAACAGAAUUAAAAUGUGCAAUGAAUGUGUAAAACAGUGUUUUAAGGUACAGUGCUAUGUGACAGGGCUGGACUAUUAUCUUUGAAUUAUGUGGCUUGAUCAGUGGCAAGAAAGAGCUAUUUUUUAAUAACUUCUAUAUUUCUUAUUUCUAUAAGACUUAAGGAAAAAAGCAAGCUUCAUAUAUCAGCUUUAAGUCUGUUCACUUUUGUUAUAAAUUGUAUUUACUGGGCUGUAGUGAUAAGUAAAAUCUGAACAGAACUAUGUGAGAUUUCUAGAAGUGCAGCUUGACUAGUAGUAGCUUCCUGCAUUUCAUUCAUUUAUUGGUCAUCUUUAAUUUCUGUUCUGUGCAGAAUUAUCUGCUACAUUUUCACUAUUUUAGUUGUAUUUUACCUUUUAAAUUGUGAAGUGAACUGUCAACUCAGCCAAAUCUUAAUUUUGGCCUUUUUUCUUUCUCUUUUUUUUUUUUUUUUUUUUUGAGGAAAAAGGGAUUGUUUGGGUUUUUUUUUGUCUUUUGUUGUUUUUUAGCAGGGAGCUCUUCUGUGUCAGUGAAGGAAUGAAUAGAAAUAGAAAAGCUUAUAUUGUUCUGGUAAAUUUAUUUGUACCUUUGUCAAAUAAAAUAUAUUAAUAGAAUUGUUCUGUAUUUAUUUCACAAAGUUUUGACCAAAUUUUCAGUGUUAGAUGUCUGAAAUAAGCUCAUAAGUUCAACACAGAUGAGCAGUACCAAGAGCUCAUUUAAAAAUUAAAAAAAAAAAUAUUACAGGUAUUUGUUGGCAUAUGAUUAUUUAAUUUAGGUAAGGUUUAUGUGUGACAACUAAUAGUACAAAUAUUAAAAAAAAAAAAACAAACCACCACCUGAAACAAGUGAACCAAAAAGUUCAAAGAUCAGGCUUCAGGUCUAGCCAUUAUUCAUUUUGCUUAGGAACAAAAGAGGUUUCUUCGUUUUAAAAGCUAAUGUUUUUUUAUAAGUAAUGAAUUUGUCCCUUGAUGGUUAUAGAAGUACCUUGAUAUUCUUUGAGAUAUUUUACUAACAAUUUAAAUAUUAACAAUUUUUUUUAUUGUGGUAAGAGCUUGUGUAGAUGUCAUUUGGAAGUAUUUGGAAUCUAAACAUUUAUCACUGCCUCUGAGUUUUCUGUAGAAAUCAGUGUUUGUGUGACAUGGGUUUUAUAAGUGGAAUCUGAAAUACAUACUUAAGGAAUCUUUUACUGAAAAAAAAAUCAAACUACUUUCAAAUUAUUGAUAAAUACAAUUCUGUAAUUUUUAAAGAGGUUUCAGUCCUGAAAUUGCAAUAAGGCUACAAGAUUGCUUCUAUAGUUUAAGAAAAAAAAAAGCCACAAGAUGUCACUGUAGGCUUGAUCAAAUGUUAGAAAUAGCAUUUGGAAGUGAUUAUAAUGAAAAGUAUGAGGUGAAAACAUUCUGAAAGCAUUUUAAAAGGCUUAGUCAUACUAUAAAAGCUAAGAGGAAAUGCUAGAUCUAAAAAUCCAUUACUAUUUAGUACAUAUUCACAGGGGAGAAGAGAGACUAAGUACUUCUGUGCUUAAAAUGUAUCUAAUUGCCACUAACUAUAUCUGCAUGCAACCAAAGGAAUGUUUGUGAUCUUGCCGAAGACAUGCAAGCCAUCUGUGAGAACAGUUUUUGAUAGUGGGACUUCAGUUGCUAGCUGUGUACAAACAUAUAUGUAUCCCAGAUAUACCAACCUAGCUAAGAUGUAUUUGCAAAGAAUAGACUUAAGCACAAAACUAGCUUCAGAUUCUAGAUACUGGGUAUGAACCUUGUUACACUGUUCCAUCUUUCCUUCUAUUGGCAAAGGUACCUCAAUUGAAGUUCCUCUGAGUGUGAUCAUAUGUACUCUCAACACAUAGUGUGGCAUGUGCUUAGAAAUGUAUGUUGCACUGACUUGUAGAGUAAGGGGGAUGCUAGGGGGGUAUGGUUAUGAAUCUGCUCCUUAGAGAAUUUCUACCCCAAGACCUUGAUUGUGAAUGAAAUAUGGAGUAUGUGAUUUAUUUAAGGAUAAAAGUGGAAAAGAGAGGCAUAUUAAAGGAUGAGCAUGUUGAUUUACAUGACAGGCAAACAAUACCCCACAACAACCUUUUUCAACUUAGUUCUAACACAUGACUAUGGCCUUGCAAGCAUCUUCCACAAAAGAGUACUUAGAGUGAUGUUCCUUACCUAAGUUCAUGGAGGUUCAAAGAGAGUCAUAUUUGUGUUCUGGAGCUAUGAAGAAAAAAAAAAAAAGUAUAGGAAUGAAGAUAGGAAUUAUUAGAGUAGUACCAAAAGUAAGUAAGAAAUUGUGAAACUAAUAAAUGCAUGAGAAGUGCUUCCUGUAGUAUUUAAGCACAGCUUAAAAAUGGAAGAGGGGAGUGCUUUGCAGUGCUGUUUGGCCUCACCUGCAGCACAUAGAAGGGUAUGAAAUGGCAGUAACAAUUGUUUUUGUUACAAAAAGUGGUGGCAACAACACAGGCCUCAGAGCUGAGUAGGACUUUAUGUUGUAAUGUCUUUUUAAGGUAUUUCUCUUCUUUUCUUUGGGGAAGAGCAGCAUCCUUUUUUCUUCUUAUGAGAGCAGGUCUCCUGUGCUGCUCUCUGGUGUUUGGGUGUGGGGAUGAGCUGUCUGUGGCACUUACAGGCUCCUUCUGAAGAGAUGGGUGGAGGAAAGGCUCUUCUAACGGAAUGCUUUGAAAAGGCGGUUAUUCAGCAGUUGGUUAAUUAAAUUAUAGGCUUGUUCAGCUAUUGAGAUUCAACCCCCAGAAGUCAAUCUUUCACUAAAAAAAAAAAAAAAAAAAAAAACCAAAAAAAAAACCUAGCGUAGUGUUACCACAGACUUAGCAGCGUGUGCAAAAUGUCUUGCCGCUACGUAGCUUCUCAGUGAAAGGGAAUCCCGACCCAACGUGUUAGGAGUUCUACACGCUAAGGCUGCGGUGCCCUCAGGGCCCCGUUCCCGCCUCGGAGCUCCUCACACACUGCGCGGACCGCGGCGAUCCCCGGAGGCGGGAAGGGGCGCUGUCGAGGUGAUACCCGCCCGAGGGGCGUGGCCGGGAGCAGCCCUUUCUUCUGUGUGCGCCGCUCAUAGGCAGGAGAGUUGGGAAGGCAGCGUGUGAUUGGUGGGUCUGCCUGUCCAUCAGACGAGAAGGUAGCGCCUGCCGGGCCCGGGCUUCGCAAACAUGGGUCCCAGCUCGGGGUGUGAGGAAAGGGCUCUCCUGGUCCUGCGCGGUACUUCCCUAUGCCCCUUCCUGCACCGAGGCGGCUUUUGCCCGGCCCGUCGGCUCGCUCACGUCCACUCCUCGCCGGGGAGAUACUAGCUCGGCUCGCCCCCGCCGUCUCAGAUCUCUCGAGCCGCGUACCGGAGCACUGUGUUUCUUCGGGCCGCUCCGCAGAGCGCAGCCCCGGGGCAGGGACGGAGCAGAAAGGAGCGCCGCGGGGCGCGGAGGCGCCGUCCGGGGUCGAGGCUGGCCGCACUC